UACUCUGAGCCCUUCCCUCCCGACAGCUACUACGUGGGGCUUCCAGACACUCGCCUCAUGAGGGUCGAGUACUACGUCGAUGAGUACGGCUUCCAUCCAGUCAUCACCUACGAGGGCGAAGCUCAGUACCCAAGUGCCCCAGCCCAGGUGUACUCCCAGCCUGCCCCAUCCAAUGUGUACUCCCAGCCUCCCCCAGCCAGGUGUAUUUCCCAGCCUGCCCCACCCCAGGUGUACUCCCAGCCUGCCCCUGCCCCUCCCCAGGUGUAUUCACAGCCUACCAUUGCUCCCAGCCGACGUACCAACAGCCGCCCCCUAACCUUCUCAACUCUAUUCCAACCGGGAAAAUAA